UAAAGAAAAACCAGAAUAUGAUAGAAAAUGAUCUAAAAAAUAUCAUACCCAAGGAAGCUAACAAGUCAGCCAUGCGUGAGCCAACUUAGCCUCAGAAAAGGUUUUGUCUCUGGUGUGAUGAAGUUGUUCUCUUCGCCUCUCAAGACUUUGUCCGAUGCUCCUGGAAGAUCUCCUCACGUGUCAAGAUUCUGCAGUGUCCCCAAUAUAUCUUCCUCACUGCAUAUUGAACUGGUGCCAUGUCUUGCGGACAACUACGCUUAUAUAUUACACGACGAGGAUACUGGUACGGUUGGUGUGGUUGACCCUUCUGAAGCUGCACCUGUUAUGAAUGCCUUAAAGAAGAAUGGUCGAAACCUAACGUAUAUAUUGAAUACACAUCGCCAUUAUGAUCACACUGGUGGGAACUUGGAAUUAAAAGACAAGUACGGUGCAAAGGUAAGCGGUGUGGGGGGUGUUUCUUCUCUCUUCUGCCCAUUCGUAAUGAUUAAUUGCACAUUAUGUAACCUGGCAUUGUACUUAGGUGGUUGGUCUGUAUGAUUAUAUACUAGACAGACACAGAGGUACAUACUGAUUCAUGUACAGAGUAUGUAUUAAUGUUACAUGCGCAGAGCGUAUGUAACUACCAGUGCAUGUCUUCGUUUAUUUGGUGGAGUCUUUGAGAGUUAAGACUGAAUCAAACCUGUGAACUGAGAUUUUCUAUUUGAAUAUACUUUU